AUCUGAACCUGUUCCUGUACAACACGCAUAACAAUUUUGUUCUUGCCAUCAAUAUGCUUUCCAUGAAACUAACUUUGGUCCUGGUAUGUUUCUGCUUUGCACUUGCAAACGCUAUGUCGGUGAGGCAAUGCGAAUGUACGUUUCAUGAUGCAAAAGACAACGUGCUCGAAAAAAUCAUCAUAACCUGCAACAAACAAUGGCUUACCACCCAAAGGCACAUUUGUGUUUGCUCCGAACAACACAAAACCAUAAAGGAAUAUUUCGAAGGGAAGCUUGACUGUUCAAAGGCAAGGAGUCGAACUAUGGAAGAAGUAGAAGUAGCAGAGAGAGCUGAAAUCACAGGCAAUCUGAAAUGUGAAUUGCAGUCAAACAGCUUGUACGAGUACCAUUGCCAACUGGCAUAACAAGUUCUACAUUAAAUAUAAAACAUUUUUGUCCCUGUAGGUCUAUUGUAUAACACCGGGUGUUUGGUGAAACACUCUAAUUGGAUAUUGUUAACGCUUGACUAUAAGCAUACUCAGUUAUAUAGAAACAAAACACGAAAAUCAAGUUCAGUUAAAUUUCCCGCAAAGUUAUUUUUUUACUUUAAAAUUUAAUGCUUGCGACUUUGUUUUGUGUAUAUAUUGAUACUGAUUGCCCUUACUAGUGUGUACACGUCAUAUUUAUAAUCUUACAAAUUGAUGCCCUAAAUUAUAAUAUUGUGUAAUUCAUUUUAUGGCCGUUUUCGUUUCAUAUUUGUAAAUACAUCUAUAACAUAAAAAUA